UGCAACUGACAAUAAGAUGACUACUAAGGGGAAAAGACAUUGGGGGGACGGGGGUUAGAGCGGGAGAUUGGUGUCGCGACUGACAAUCCUUUGAUUCAUGGUAAUAAUUUUCGCUAAUUCAUAUUAAUGAGGCUGAUUUUCAGGGGAGUGGAUCUCAUUUCGGGAGAAAUUCCUUAUUUCCGUGUUUCUUUGUUUAUCAUCUGUUUUGUUCACAGUUUGUAAAGCAUAUGGUUUGUUAUGCGAACAGUUUAAAGUUUUGUUCUUGUUUAUGCAGUGCUUACAAUAAGUUACAGCGAAAGUAUUCUUCGGCUCAGUAUUUGUUGAAUUUUCAAUGCAGUUCGAUGCCUGUUGAAUUUUCCCGUAACAUUUCUUUUGAUUUGCAAAAUUUAUUUCAUGUUCUACUACAGAAAAUGUCGUUUCGAGGUCGAAGUGGUGGUCGAGGAUUUGGGAAUUCAGGACAUGGCGGACGCAGAGGAAAUCGAGGAGGAAUUAACCGCAAUGCUGGCUAUGAUCAAGGUCCUCCGGAACAAGUGACUGAAAUAGGGUAUUUCACGCACACAUGUGAAGAUGAUAUCGUUUGUCAUAACACAUCAGGCAAAAUUCCCUACUUCAACGCUCCGAUAUUUUUCGAAAACAAAGAGCAGAUUGGCAAAGUUGAUGAGAUCUUUGGUGGUAUUAAAAACAACGGAUUCACCGUGAAACUGCAAGAUGGUAUCAAAGCUUCCUCUUUCAAAGAAGCACAGAAGUUGUACAUUGAUUCAGGAAGACUAUUGCCUAUUGACCGAUUUUUGCCAAAUGGUGCAGGUAAACGAGGGAAAGGACAAAUACGUGGUAAUGGACGGGGAGGUCGUGGUCGUGGUGGCAGUGGUCGAAGUAAAUUUCGUGGUCGUGGAGGAGGCUCAUUCAGUCGAAAUGGUAGAGGCGAUCGAGGUGGUGGAGGAGACCGAGGCGGUUUUAGAGGCGGUAGUCGUGGAAGUGUUAGAGGUGGAGAUUGGAGUGGCCGAGGCAGUGGUUAUCGAGGAAGUGAGUCUGGUGGAGGUUUCCGAGGGCGAGGACGAGGGAUUGAUCUUGGCAACAAACGAAGUUUUGGUGGACGUUCAGAACCAGCCCAAAAUAAAAGGAUGAAGUUUGAUGAUUAGGCAUAUUUGGUUGUUCCAGUUAAGUUCAUGAUUUGUUACUGCAUCAGUUUUUCUAUGUAGAGGCGUUAUCAAUUCGAUGUAAAUCGUUCCAUCUACAGAAUUGUUUUUUUUUUUUACUUUUUGUUGUUAUUUCGGGUAUCAGAAUGGAAAAUUGGUUCUAUUAAAUUGUUUACUGUAUUGUAUGACAUAUGCUCUGUUUAUGUUUUAUUCAAAAAUCCGAAGGAGUGCAGGAUUCCUGUUUACUUUUGUUUCCUGAAAUCAGGUUGAACGGCUGCUAAAAAUCUCACCGAAUACUAAUGUGCUGUAUGUUUUUUCUCAUGUUGUUGAGCAUAAAAAAUUUC